AAGGGGAGGCGGAGGCGGAGGCGGGGCGGCGGCAGAAGUGAGAGGAGAGAAGGCGGAGGGGGCGGGAUUCCCGGAGGCGCCGGCGGCACCGACCGACCGGGCGGACCCCCUCCCUCGGCUUCGGGCGCAGCUGGGCGACGACCUCCGGAAGCUUGUGAGCUAGUUGUUUGUCAUCACCUCUUGUUGGAGAAGAUAAGGACAUUUCAACAAAGUCUCCUGAUCUCAUGAACGAAUCAACAGAUCUCGGAGAUGCUAGCUUUCUGGAGCCAGUCCUACGGCUCAGGAAGGGACAUGGGCCAGAUCCUGCUGAGCAGGAAAAUGAUGUUAGUGAUCAGUCAAGUGAGCAGGGGCCCCUCUUAGUGGAACCAACUACAUCUUCACAAAAGAAAAAGUGUUCUAACAAGGAUGAAGAUGACGGUUCAACUCAGGAAGAUGAAGGAUUUAUGGGGAUGCUGCCUCUUCUCCAAGCACACCAUGCCAUGGAAAGAAUGGAAGAGUUUGUAUGUAAGGUAUGGGAGGGCCGUUGGCGUGUCAUCCCUUUCGAUGUCUUGCCUGACUGGUUAAAGGACAAUGACUACCUAUUACAUGGGCAUCGACCACCCUUGCCCUCUUUCCGGGCUUGCUUCAAAAGCAUAUUCAGAAUACACACUGAGACUGGGAACAUCUGGACGCACCUACUAGGUUGUGUUUUUUUCCUGUGUCUGGGAAUCUUCUACAUGUUCCGGCCAAACAUGUCCUUUGUAGCACCUGUGCAAGAGAAGGUGGUGGUUGGAGUAUUCUUCUUGGGAGCCAUCCUUUGCCUCUCCUUUUCAUGGCUGUUUCACACAGUUUAUUGUCAUUCAGAAGGCGUUUCAAGGCUCUUUUCCAAGUUAGACUACUCUGGCAUCGCCCUCCUCAUUAUGGGCAGCUUUGUACCAUGGCUAUAUUACUCAUUCUACUGCAACCCUCAGCCCUAUUUUAUCUACUUGAUUGUGAUCUGUGUUCUGGGCAUCGCAGCCAUCAUAGUUUCCCAGUGGGACAGAUUUGCCACCCCCCAGUACCGAGGAGUUCGAGCAGGAGUGUUUCUGGCUCUGGGACUUAGUGGCGUCAUCCCCACCCUGCAUUUUGUUAUCUCGGAAGGGCUCCUCAAGGCUGCCACAAUGGGGCAGAUAGGUUGGCUGGCACUCAUGGCCUGCCUCUAUAUCACUGGCGCUGCACUGUAUGCUGCUCGUAUCCCAGAGAGGUUCUUCCCGGGCAAGUGUGACAUCUGGUUCCAUUCCCACCAGCUCUUUCAUGUGUUUGUAGUGGCCGGUGCUUUUGUACACUUCCAUGGUGUUUCAAACCUUCAAGAGUUCCGUUUCAUGGUUGGGGGAGGCUGCUCAGAAGAGGAGAUGUAGUGAAACUGGUCGUGUAUCAAGCAUCAUAACCAAAACAGAACUGUGGGAGCAGUGAGUCCACACCUUGCCCAGAAUGGUGUGGGAGCUUUUGUGGGGGAAUUGAACUAUAAAAUGGAAGAGAAAUUCAUACCUCAAGCAUUGGAGUGAAUUGAUUCUGAAAACCUGGAAGCUCUUAAAUGCUUAACUUAUUUCUUGGACCUACCGCCUAAGCUACAGAAAAUCCUUUCUUAAGCAGCUUCCAUUCAAUGCCAUAUUUAUUUGUAGAAAAAAAGAGGUUGUCAUGGGGAGGUGGUUUAGUGAUUUUUUUCUUUUUAAAAAAAUCUAGCUUAAGAUUUGUAUCUUGUUCAGGUAAGUUGAUUUUUAGAUACUCUUUUGGGAGAAAAAUGUAUAUAAGAUUUCUAACUUUCUGUUUAAUUAAAAAGUUUAUAUAAAUGUUUUAAAAAUGGGGGGGGGAGAGGAGAGGGUUUUGUAUAGAUUACAACAUGCAAAUACCACACACUGUUUCAAUUUUGCACAAGCUUUUUAAGUGCAAGAAGGCCAGGUGAAAUCCCUGCAGAGUCAGCGCCAGGGUCCUGUGGAUUUUCUCAUGUGCUGGUAUAUAUAGGACAGCUUGUCCCAGUAGGGUUUGGGAGCAAAUGGGUGCUUACAACUUCAGUUAGGCUGCUCUUUGGCCCUCUGUGCUUUUCAAAGGCAAAGGCAGGAGUCACUGAGUGUCUGAGCUCUGCUCCCUUUGCAGGCAGACCUUCUGAGUUCUUUGCCUUUUUGUGGAUGAUUUCUAGGUGGUCUUUCUUCACCAGCUUUUUGCUGUUUGGGGAUUCAGUGUGGUAUGUAUUUUGACCUCUUGGGAGUCUCUUGUCAGUAUUUCACCAGGGCCUGCUAUUCUCAUUACCCAAGUGUUGUUAGUGUCAGGCACCAACCUUCUAGGUGAGCUAAUGAGAAAUUGUCUCAAAGGGGUAGGGAGGCAUAUACCAGAAAGGAGCUUUGUGCUUGAAGGAAGAGGAAUGGCUGGCUAUUAAUCUGUUUUGGAUGGUGGUAUGCGCUACUGAAUAGCACUAAAGUUGCUUAUAUUAAAUCCACUCAUCUCUUAAUUGGCUACAGUAUAACACUGCCAUUCCUUCUCUCCCUUCUGGUAUAUAGGAUAGUCUUGUGCACUGCUUUUGAACAAAAAAAUCAAACAGCCCACAGAAGCAUUUUUGGAGGCAACAGCUUUUCUCCUUGUUAAAGUAGUGCAUGAAGCAUAAAUUCAUUUUGUUAGUUCUUUAAAUUCUUCCUCUGAAAGUUUUAACUAUGUCAGGUAGAAGUAUAUCUGUGGAGAGAAUUAUUUACAAAGCAGUACUCAGACAAGUGAAAAGUGUAGUUUCUGUUUCUUGCUGGGAUUGGUUAGGGAUGUUGGAUUUGGAGGCAAGCUUUGGGACAAAAGAUAAGAGUAUGAGUUCAUGCCGAAUAUCUCACAGUAAGGACAGUUACUUUAGUUCACAGUGAAUACAGGGUUCAGGGGUUUUUUUGUCUGUUGUUUUUUUGGUAAGAUGGUAGAACUGGUCACACUUUAAAACUUAGAUAAUUCACAGAAAAAAUCUUUCGGUCUUCCCCCUCCCUGCCCAUUUCUUAUGGAAUGGAUUAUUCUAACUUUACUCCCUCCAAAUAGAAUUUUUGAAGAGUUUAGACCUACAAGAGGUGCUUAGUGGGUGCUUGUAGGCAACUUCAAGUGUGUGUUUGUGUGUGUUCUGGAUAGGAUCUAUGAUACAUAAACCAGAAUUAUACCUUAAUGUGUUGUGGCUUUUUCUCCCUGAACUAAAAACAGAACAGUAUUAAUUGAAUUUAACAGAAUGGAGUGUAGUGAGGAUUGAAACCUCUCAAAGGGCAUAUAUAACUGAUUAGCAGAAGGAUGGCUUACAUAAAGAGGAAUGGUAAUGAAUACAUAUCAGACCCAGACUUACCUAUCUGAAAAGCACUUUUGUGUAUGUGUGUGUGUGUGUGUGUGUGUGUGUGAGAACUACUUCUGUAUCUACCAGCAGAAGCUGCACCUCCUUCUUCUGGAUCUUCUUUGCUCACUCCUAGAAAGGGACUCUUGCAGCCUGGUCUUGACAGCACAUAAAGUGUACAAAAACAAUGCUCCACUUGUUCUUAAUCCUCAUUGGUUUCCGUUUAGGACAUUUUGUGUACCUAUUUUUUAAAAAAUGCUUAGCUGUGCACUUUUCUGGGUGCUUGCUGAGACUUCUUCCCAGGUUGGCACCUGACUGCCUUAUUCUCAGCAACUGGAGGUUUGCUUGCUUUCUGUUUAUGCGUGCACAGAUUUUCAGCAUAAUAUAGUUGAGAUUUUCAGCUCCCCUGAUUAACUAGUGGCCUUGUUCAGUAUUUUCUUCUUCUUUUUUUUUUUUUUUAAAAAUGCUUACUGUUGGAGGCAACAAAGCACAUCUUGGACUUCGAAGAUUGGGGUCUCCAGGCAAUGGGAUUUCGAUCCUUGUUGUAUUAUUAACUUCUAAUAAAAAGAAUAAAUGCA